CGGGCUCUCAGCUCUCCAUGUGCGUCGCGUUUUGAUUGACAUGGCGGAGUCUCCCAGUACGCGUCGCGCCGCGCCAGCAGACAGGAGAGCAGAGAGCCGAGCCUGGGAAUAAAAACACGUCUGUCUGAAGAUUCUUUUAUUGCAGCGAGGUAGGGCAGUUCAGUGAAUUUCUCCAUGAAUGUACGUCACAAUGAUGAUGACAGACCAGAUUCCACUGGACUUGGCUCCGCCCCCUCUCCUGAAUGGGGAGGUCCCCCUUCUGCCUCACAUGGUUAACGAUGAUGCGGCACAGCAGGUGAUCCUGGUGCAGGUGAAUCCAGGGGAGACAUUCACUAUCCGGGCAGAGGACGGCUCACUGCAAUGCAUCCAGGGUCCUGCUGAGGUUCCCAUGAUGUCCCCAAAUGGUUCCAUCCCUCCCAUUCACGUCCCCCCUGGAUACAUCUCACAGGUGCUGGAGGACACCACGGGGGUCCGCAGGGUGGUGGUCACCCCCCAGUCUCCAGAGUGCUACCCUCCUUCCUACUCACCAGCUCUGUCCCCCACACACCACCUGCCUCCCUAUCUGACUCACCCACACUUUAUACCCAACUCCCAUUCUUUUUACCCCCCUGUCAGCCCUGGUGAGCUGCCCCCACACCAGUACUACCAGCACCACAUCCCCCCCAUGUAUGGAGACCCAGAAAUAAUCUCAGUUUAUGGGAUGUCCAACUUCUUGGAGUACAGUAAACCACAGCCCAAAAAGAUAAAAGAACCAAGACUAGAGCGACAGAACAGACUGAAUUCUCCUCCAUCAACUCUUUAUAAGGGCAGCCUGGGCCCAGCACACAAUGGAUACAGCAACAAGUCACACGCCCCCUUGUUGGGGUCCGCGGGGACAGGAGGAGGGGGCAGCAGUCCAGGAGGAAAGAAGCCAGAGAGACGACUCCGCAGCAGUCCACGAAACAGUGAACCAGAGACACACUCACAAGAUCACGAUUCAGAGGGGAAACGUGUUCAAGACAUGCUGUCUACAAUCGACAAACCGCAGGUAUCCAAUGUGCAAGCGCGGGCUGCAAGGCUCUCCUGGGCUCCCCCUGUAGGGCUGGUUAACAGGCACAGUAACGGGAUGCCCGUUUCCUGCUCCUACGAGGUUUCGCUCUCAGAUAAGGGACGGGACGGAAAAUACCGCGUCAUAUACAGCGGUGAAGAGUUAGAGUACCACCUGAAAGACUUAAGGCCCGCCACAGACUACCACGUACGGGUCUUAGCGACGUACAACUCAGUUCGAGGGUCAUGUUCAGAGGCUGGAUCAUUCACCACACACUGCAGCGUUCCUGACGUUCCAUUAACCCCAAAACUUUCCCAUCGCACCAAGAGCACCCUGACUCUACAGUGGAAGCCUCCAGGGGACAAUGGAUCCAAAAUCACAAACUACCUUCUGGAGUGGGAUGAGGGAAAGAAGAACAGUGUUUUCAGAGAAUGUUACUUUGGGAGCCAGAGACACUGUAAGCUGACGCGACUGUUUCCAGCCUGUGGCUACACGUUCAGAGUGGCUGCACACAACGACAUUGGCACAAGUGGCUUCAGCACAGAGGUGGUGUUUUAUACGAUGGGAACGCUGCCCCCUCUGCCUCUGGCACCACGGCUGGUCAGGGCAGGAGUCUCUUGGGUGACCUUGGAGUGGGGGCGACCGGAGGGCAGUCCCAGUGAGGAGCAGCUCAAAUACACACUUGAGAUCCAGGAGGACAACAGCGGAACAGACUUUCAUCCAAAGUACACUGGAGAAAACUUGACUUGUACUGUACAAGGCCUGAAGAGGAGUACACAGUAUAAAUUCAGGCUCAUAGCGUCAAACAUGGAGGGGAAAAGCAGUCCCAGUGAAGUGCUGGUCUGCACCACCAACCCUGACAAACCCGGACCACCGUCUACUCCCUGUGUCACCGCAGCCACGCCCAACGGAUUCACCGUCAGAUGGGAUCCUCCACAGGACAAUGGAGGCUCAGACGCUCUGACGUACCUGCUGGAGACCUCAGAGGGCUGCACUGAAGGGAGCCAGUGGGAGGUGGCCUACAGUGGUCCUGCCACAGAAUGCAAGUGUGACAGUCUGUUGCCUGGAACUUUCUACCGCCUACGUGUGUGCAGCAUCACCACAGGGGGGCACAGCCAGUGCACUGUAAGUGUUCCGGUUCGUACACUAAGUGUGCCACCUGGUCCCUGCCAGCCGCCCAGGAUUGUGGGUAAAGCCAAGCACAAGGAAGUACAACUAGAAUGGGACUCUCUUGUCACAGAAGGAGAAAGCGAGGAGUGUGUGUUCAGUCUGGAGAUGAGCGAGGGCGAUGCCACACCUUCAGAGGUGUAUCAAGGGACGGAGUUGCAGUGUACGGUGGGCAGCCUGUUACCUGGUGCCACGUACAGCUUUAGACUGCGGGCCAGCAACGAGGCUGGGUUUGGAGCGUACUCUCACCCCACGGAGGUGACGACAGCAGCUGGACCUCCCGGCCAGUGUGGGGCGCCACUCAUCACUCUGACCAACAACACAUGCGUAACGCUUAACUGGGAGAGUCCCGAGGGUUCGGGUACAGACAUCUCUGAGUAUCGUCUGGAGUGGGCGAGAGAAGAAGAGCCCAUGGAGAUUAUCUACUGUGGAUCAGCCACUCAGUGUGAACUGUCAGACCUGACGCCUGCGACAGCUUACUGCUGCAGACUACAGGCGGUGAACCAGGCCGGUGCCGGUCCCUACAGCCUGCAGCUGAGUUUCCAGACACCUGCGACCACCCCUGACCAGAUCACAUCCCUCAUCUUCCUUGACGUCCCAUCAUCCUCGGAGUUGGGUCACUCCCCCUCUACCUGCCUAUUCCUGAAGUGGGAGGAGCCAAACAGCAAUGGGGCGGACAUCAGCUCCUACGUCAUCACCCUGGACGACCAGACCAUCAAUUUGGAGUCAGUGACGAGUCACCUUAUCACAGGCCUGCAGCCAGACACAGAGUACAGUGUGCAGAUCCAGGCGCUGAAUGCCAUUGGCUCCAGUCCCAUCAGUCCACCCUUGCUGGCGAGGACGCGACCCCUCCCUCCGGCUCCACCCCCUCUGGAGUGCUCGGCGGCCGGACCCCAAAGCCUGAAGCUGAAGUGGGGUGAGAACUUAAGCCACACGAGGGCCCUGCUGGCUGACGACGUGGUCUACACACUACAGAUGGAGGACAAGAACCACAGGUUUGUGACCAUCUACCGUGGGCCCAGCCACACCUACAAGGUCCAGAGACUAACUGAGUCCAGCGGUUACAGCUUCAGAAUACAGGCCAUCAGUGAUGCUGGAGAAGGCCCGUUCUCUGACACCCACACCUUCUGCACCACCAAGUCCGUACCACCUGCCCUCAAAGCUCCCAAAGUGCACCAGCUGGAGGGCAACACGUGUGAGAUCACAUGGGAGACCAUCCCACCAAUGAGAGGGGAUCCUUUGAGCUAUGUGCUCCAGGUGCUGGUGGGACGUGAAUCAGAAUACAAACAGGUUUUUAAGGGAGAGGAUGGUGCUUUCCAGAUCUCCGGCCUCCAGAGCAACACAGACUAUCGGUUCCGCGUGGGUGCCUGCCGCCGCUGCCAGGACACAUGCCAGGAACUCUGCGGACCGCUCAGCCCUUCAUCUCUGUUCACGCUGCGUCGGCAGGAGUCUGCUUCCUCGGGCGAUCUGUGCCCCGUGGACGGUGGCAAAGGGACGGGCCUGAUCUCCAGCGACGAGCGCUUCGCGGCACUGAUUGUGUGCGCGUUUGCAGGCUUCUCCAUCCUCAUCGCCUGCCUGCUGCAGUACUUCUUCAUGAAGUGAGGGAAUUUAACUAAAAAGAAAAGGAUAGAAAGAGAAAAAAGCUAAAUCACAGAGAAACUUUUUAAAAGAAAAAUCUUCUAUGAAAGAACAGAAUGAAAUCAAAAACACUUGAGAUGUACUUCUACGGCUUUGUAUGUUUUGUUUUUUUUUUUAAUUCAGAGUUUAGAUUCAGGCUUCAUUCCUGUCGUCUUCUGCCUUCACUCGGUUCGGUCUCAUUUCUCUCUACGUUUCUGUCGUCUCUGUCUCAUUGUCCAUUGUUUCACUUGAGGAUCUCUGUGGAAGGAAGCCUAGUCUUAGCUGCACCUCCACAGAAUCUGAAAAAAAACAAACUGAUAAUCAAGCCUUAAAAAUAGCUGUGAGCAAAGCAGAUGCUCCUCAGACUGACUUGCAUGUUUCCUUUUUUUUUUUUUUUUCUAUCUUUUUAAAACAUAUUUGAUUAGAGCUCGUGUAUAUUUCUUAAAAGUCAUUGCCUUACGAUAUUUUUUUCCUUGGAAUUUCAAAGUUAUUUUUUUGUUGUUGUUGUUGUUCGGGUUUUUUGCUGCAGUCAUUAUCCAGUCAGCCAUAUUCCAAUGUAUGCCUUCAACGCUCUCGCCGUUCGUACCAUAUAAUUAUUAUUGUUUAUUAUUGUUAUCAUUAUUCAGUUAAUUCAGUUACUUCUCUACAGGUUGUCAGUCAAUUUGUUCAACCUGCAUCCACUAUUACAAUAUAGACUGAUGCACACAUGCAUACAUUUACAGUUACAAACACUCAUGCAAUGACAAUGAGAAAAAAACAAACAAAAAAACACACAUUUCCACCGAAGAAGGCAAUCACUUUAAUCCACUCAGCUUCUUUCUAACAGUCAAUCACUCACUCACUCGUUCAGCUACCAAAGCGAUGCAAUCCAUGUGUGUGGUGUAAGAUGCUGCUAUCCUGUGAUUUUAUUAUAUCUAAGAAAGAAUGGAAAACCAGUAAUCUAAUAUAUAUAUAUAUACACAGUAUGAAUAUAUAUAUAUUAUAGCAAAUAUCUAUGAUGCUCUAGAAGUGAUGUAAUAUAAGUGAUGGCAAUGUAAGGUCUGAAGUGCAGUGUAAAAUUGGUGGAGUUUACUCCAGGUGCUCACAGCAGCAGCAGCUCUGAGGUCAGUUCAGUAGCUCGUGCAACUCUUUGAAGGAGCCCUGAAAUCGCUGAUCCUGAAUCAGUAGGUGAAUGAACACUUGUAGGUAUUCAAAUCUGAGGCCGUGAAUAAAGUACUCAGGCUUUUACACUGUAGGUAAAGCCUGUGCUUGGAUCGUGAUGGGCUGCAACUUACCAGGAAGGACCGUGCCCUUCCCAACUGUACCAUCUCAAAAACUGUUUCUCUCGGGAGAUAUCCGUCAGUUUGUUACACGCAGGCAGUUUUUUUUUUUUUGUGGUGACCGAGUGGUGUCAGUGUAAAGAAGGAAUUUGAUCCAACAUAGUCCAAGUUGCUUUUGCUGAGAGUGUGAGACUGUUACAAAGCAAACGGAAGGUUCAGACACAUGUAUUCCACCUCCUCUCCUUGAAGAAAAAAAA